AUGACCAACGCAUCCCGCCUCUUCCUCGCCUUUGUGGCGCUCGCCAUCUCGCUCGGCAUCGCCUCCGUUCAAGCGCUGCCCGCCCAGCAGCAGCAGCUCGAAGAACGCAUCGGUGCCAUCAUCAAGCCCCAGCCCUUCCACGGAAACGGCAGGCGCGAUGAGGGCGAGGAGAUGCUUGAGAAGCGGAUCGGCGCCAUCAUCAAGCCCCAGCCCUUCCACGGAAACGGCAGGCGCGAUGAGGGCGACGACGAGGUGCUUGAGAAGCGGAUCGGUGCCAUCAUCAAGCCCCAGCCCUUCCACGGAAACGGCAGGCGCGAUGAGGGCGAGGAGAUGCUUGAGAAGCGGAUCGGUGCCAUCAUCAAGCCCCAGCCCUUCCACGGAAACGGCAGGCGCGAUGAGGGCGAGGAGAUGCUCGAGAAGCGCGUCGGCGCCAUCAUCAAGCCCCAGCCCUUCCACGGUCCGGCCGGAGGUAAGCGAGACGUGGCAGCAGCAGCAGCGGAAGCGGGCGUCAUGGAAAAGAGGAUCCGAGGUAAGCCCCUUGACAAGCGGUCGGGAGGUGCGAGUGCCAGUGCCGGUGCCAGCGUCGGUGCAUCCCUGGCCAAGCGCGCCUCCGUCUGCAACGGCGACGCUUCGCUCUGCGACCGGCUGUACUCAAACGUCACUUAUGUCGGCACUCACAACAGCUACGCAGUAGGCCGCCUCAACCAGGCGCAGGUGGGCUACAAUCAGGCCAAGACGGUCAAGCAGCAGCUCGACGAGGGCGUCCGGCUGCUCCAGGUCCAGGCCCACGCCAACGCCAGCGCCCCCGGUAGCGGCAUCGACCUCUGCCACACGAGCUGCUCUCUUGUCAACGGUGGCUCGCUCGAAUCGUACCUGUCGACGGUCAAGUCGUGGCUCGACUCGAACCCCAACGAGGUCGUCACCCUCAUCAUUGUCAACUCCGACGACCAGCCCGCCUCCAAGUUUGGCACCGCCUUCCAGUCGACGGGCCUCGACUCGAAAGCCUACGCCCCCUCCUCUGCCUCGGUGUCCAAGAACUCGUGGCCCACGCUCGGCGCCCUCAUCGACGCCGGCAAGCCGCUGGUGACGUUCAUCGACAACAGCGCCGACACGUCGUCGGUGCCCUACAUCCUGCCCGAGUUCAACAACGUCUGGGAGAACCCGUACGGACAGACCACCUACCCCUUUUCCUGCAACGUCGACCGGAUCGACCAGAGCGCCUCGGCCGGCGACCUCAUGUACAUGGCCAACCACUACCUCGACUCGCAGUCGACGCUGUUUGGCGUCACGUUUGAGACGCCAAAGACGGACCAGCUGGGCGAGGUCAACGGCGACCAGGCCGUGCUGAGCGGCGCGCAGAGCUGCGCGGCCCAGCACGGCAGCUACCCGACCUUUAUCCUGCUCGACUUUUACGACACGGGAUACGGCGGCCCGUUCAAGGCGGCCGCGGCCAUGAACAAUGUCGCCUACGUCAACCGCACCACGAGCGCCACGGCGGGAUCCGGCGGCGGCAGUAGCAGUAGCGGGAGCGGUGGAUCUUCGGCGGCGCCCUCGUCGUUGGUCCUGUCGAUGCCCUCGGCGCUGCUCGCGGCGUCGCUCAGCAUCGGUGCCGGCCUGCUGCUCCUCUGA